AUGAGACUUCCAAUUCUACUGAUUGCUUUAAUUUCGACAGUGGUGGCGCAAGAGAACGCGCAGCGUUCUGUUCGAACCCCUCAGGCUCAAAUCAGGUAUCAAGAUCCCAAUGGUCUGAAGGUGGACUGGAAACUAUUCUCUCCCCAGACCCAAUUGCGAUCUCAGUAUCAAAAUUUGCAAAUUUCUCAACAAGAACAAUCUUCUACUUCUACCCAUGCUGCACAAGCUCAUCCCCAGCAACAGGCACAAAGGCGACCUCAACAAUCUCAGCUACUGGAAAUCGACCCAGACGAAGUGCAGUACAAAUCGUACUCACAGCCUCAAGCUCAAGCAGCAGCUCAACAAGAACCCAGUCAGAUACAGUACAAAACCUAUGAACAGCCUCAAGUCCAAGCACCAGACCAAAAUCAGAUACAUUACAACACCUACUCCAAUGCCCGGUCGCAUGCCAAACAAGUGGUUCUAGAAAAUUACAAGCCACAACGUCAUUACGCUGAACAACCUACUCAACAGUACUCUUCGAACGUCAUAGCUCCUCAGGAUCAGCAAUCAACAAACGCCGAUUAUUCUCAAUACGAUCAGUCGGAAAGUUACGAGCAAAUAGAGCAACAGAAGUCCAGGCGGGAUUACGCGAAUAGUGGAUUUCAGGGUAGAAUCGUGUACAAACACGAAUUGGAACAGCAACAACAGCAGCAGCAGCAAGAGCAGUACGAACAGCAGAUCGAUCAUGUAAAAGUGCCUAUUGAGAACCUUCCUGUUCCACCACCUCAGAAGCUGAUCUUCCAUAAGAACAUGCCUAGGGAGAUUCAAGAGUUAUUGCAAUUCCAAGCUGAAUUACCAUAUAAUGUAAUCGCAAACAGCAUCAGUUACAAGCCGAAGACGGUGUUCGUGCCUAAACCGUUGCCGCCUGAAACUAAAGGGCCUUAUAGCUACCGCAGCAAGAUCUAUUACGUGAAUAAUGACAGAUACGAGCCGGAUUUCGAAUCGAUUAAACCUGUUGAAGAGGAACAGAAUCAUUGA